AUGCGGUUAACCCCUUGCCGAUAUGCCGCGCUCCUCUCGAUAGCUGCGACCACUUUUGCGCUCGCUGAUUCUAUCGUCGACCCCCUCGCGUAUGGCGUCUUUGAGGACUUCUCACCAGUUCAGAGGAGGGAAAUCACCUGCCCGAAUAACUAUUUCAGCUGCGAGGAUAGGGGCGCCGUCUUCGAAGGUACUUGCUGCGAGAACGGACAGCUGUGUGCCCUAGACGCCUACAGCUCAGCAGCUUGCUGUCCUACUACAGCCACCUGUACUGGCGUAGCACCAACUGGCCCAACACCCACCCUGUCCUACGUCAUCAAUACAUAUUUCUCGUUUCCGUAUAUACCGACGUCCUUUGCGAACUCGGUGGCAUGUACAUCGGCUCUCAACCAAUGCUCGAGGAACUACGCAUCGUGUGUCUCAGGCUUAGGUGGCAAUAGCGCGGCUUACGGUGUGACCAUCGUGGUCCCGGGGGGAGGCGGGACGACGGUCGACGUCACGCAAGCUACCGGACUUCCCGCCGCAUCGGCGACAUCUGUGUGCUCGAGUCUAUCAUCCGAGGCUUGCUUUAAUUUAAAUAGUGCUCAAUGCACCCAAGCCGGCACCACUGGGGGUUUUAUCAUAGGUACCGGAAAUGCAGCUACACGACCUACCGCCGCUUCUAUAGCUGCUGUUAUCGCUGGCGUUGGUCUGAGUCUUAUUGCACCAGCGCUCCUAGCCAUCCAAGCCAGCACGAUGUCAGCCACCACCCAAACAGCAGACCAACCGCCCGUAUACUUGAGCGAGGUGAGCGUCGUAGCGCCCAAGCCUAUACGGCCGAUGCCGUCGACCUCCGCUCUGGAGACAGUAGAACCGCCUCUGGAGCGCGUACCGUCGAACUCGCUGAGCAUGAAGCCCGACGAGUUGCAGCAGAACCUGUUCCAGUCCUUUCUGCGGCUGUGCAACCUAGAGCGGCCUGCUAUUCUCCGCAGACGAGUGUCUACGGGCCGCAUCCGUCGCUGGGGUAUGGGCAUGCGCGAUACUAAGAAGAUCGCUUACGAGGAUACCAGCUUGAUACGACGAGAUGUCGCUGCUCCGACUUGA